AUGGAGAGUUCUAGGGGAAUUCUGAGGUUUCUUGAAGACUACCGGUCAUCAAUCGUCAUAUGUGGAGCACCAACCUUUUUUCUACCACUUCUCUUCUUCUUUCCGGAUAACGAGAAAACCUUUUCUGAUGAGACCACUACUAUUGGUCUGCACACCGGUCGCAGUAAGGGCAUGCACAUUGGGUUAGUUGCUGCGAUAAUUGCUGUUAUACUACCUUCAAAGGCAGCGUACCACGAUUUUGACGUGAAACAAGCACAAUGCGCAUAUGUGGUAUCGAUUAUGGGUUUCUACUGGAUGUUCGAGGUUCUACCUCUAGCCAUCACCGCUCUGAUCCCUAUGGUGGCUUUUCCAUUCUUUGAAAUAAUGAAGAGUGAAGACGUCGCCCAGGCUUACCUUCCGGACACUUCGUUUCUAUUUAUCGGUGGAUUGAUGGUUGCUGUAGCCGUAGAGAAAUCAGAACUGCACACUCGAAUUGCGUUGUUUGUCCUGAAGACUGUAGGAUCUCGUCCAAAAUGGAUUAUGGCUGGUUUCAUGGGAGUCACCGGAUUUUUAAGUAUGUGGAUAUCGAACACAGCUACGGCAGCAUUGAUGGUUCCUAUAGUGCAGUCCGUGAUUACUGAACUAGUCACUAACCAUAGGGGUCUCAUCGCGCUGACCCCUACUACUCAUCUAAACUGUAUGUCUGUCGGGAACCCAGUAGUACCUCAAAUGUUCACUUUAUCUCAUCAUAGCAAUCGAUAUCCUAAUACUAGAGAAAUCAUGAGUUCUAGAAUGCAUGAGAUUCUGGCAUUAUCCGAAGUGCAUUCGAUUGAGAAUCGCCGACGAAGUGUAGAUAUGCGCCGUUUAUCUAUUCCUCAAGAGAACGUUUUAGUUGCUCAUCAAAAAGACAUGAGUAACCUCUUUACACCUCGCGAACACUUAAUGGCUAAAGGGUUGCUUAUUUCUGUAUGUUUUGCGGCUAACAUUGGAGGAUCAGCAACAAUUACAGGAACAGCAUCCAAUCUAGUACUUCUUGGACAACUGGAGAAGUUAUUUCCCAAUGCUGACACAGGGAUAAAUUUUUUGUCAUGGAUUACGUUUGCAUUUCCACAAGCUGUACUGUGUUUGGCAUUUUGUUGGUUUGUCCUCAAUAUUGUUUUCCUACGGAACGCUCCACAAGGAUCUGCAAUUGUUUCUCGGAAACUAAAAGAGAAGUAUGACAAACUUCCGAGUACCACAUUUGCAGAGGUAGCUGUAAUGGUAUGUUUUGUGCUUUUACUUGGGCUAUGGAUGCUCAGAGAACCACAAAUAAUCCCAGGAUUUGGAGCUUAUUUCAAGAGAGGCUACAUCACCGAUGCCACAAGCGCUGUUUUUGUUGUUCUUUUACUCUUUAUCAUCCCUGACAAGAAACCGAUGUGUUACCAGAGAGAUAGAGGCAGAAGUGGCCACUACACUGUUAGAAAUUCUCUACUUGAUUGGCCCACAAUUCAAGAGCGUUUUCCAUGGAGUGUUGUGUUGCUGCUUGGUGGUGGCUUUGCACUAGCAGCAGGAGUAAAGGAAUCUCACUUAUCGAUUGAAAUUGGAGAAGUGAUGCAUCGACUUUCUGUAUUCCCAGUAAAUGUUAUAAUGUUUAUUUGUAUUUGUAUAACAGUUGGUCUCACCAAUAUUUGUUCGAAUACAGUCAUCGCCUCGAUUUUCAUACCAAUUGUCGCCGAAUUAGCUAGAUCUCUUGACAUCAACCCGCUAUUAUUCAUGCUACCUGUAGCCAUUUCAUCUUCGUUUGCAUUUCUUUUCCCUGUCGCGACACCACCAAACGCUAUUGUUUUUGGAACAGGUCUUGUACAAGUCACCGAUAUGCCUAACUCAGCUUAUUCGCAUCGUCGUCGAGGUUUUGCUUUCGGGUGGCCUCCUCUUGGUCUCGGAACAUUCCCAGGGCAACUUGGACAAGGCGAUCCAAUGGUUUCGUUAAAAUGUGACCAAGAAAGCGAUGACAGUUUUCUGCGAUUAUGUAAGAGCGAGAGGCAAAAUUUUGACAUUUUUCCUCGUGUCAUACGCCGUUAUGCCACGUCAUGUCUUUUUGAGUAA